GUCUGGGAGUCGCCUCCGCUUGCAUAGGGCGCUGCGGACGAGAGCGUUGCCAGUCGUGGUUGCUGCGAGGGCUUCAGACCGUCGUCUUCACGUCUCGACUCAAAAAGGGCAGCCCGAGACCGCCCGGAGCACGAGCAGAAGACAGGACAUGGACCUCACCUCUCCCGAGAAGCGCCGCGUGCAGAAGCUGCGCGCCGGCCGGCGGUCGCCGCCGCCGCGCCGCGCGAUCGAGGACGACGACGAGGAAAUAACGAGGCCCGACCCGCCGCGGCCGCCCGCCGUACGCGCUCUCUCGACUGGUUUGAAUUUCAAGAAGGCGGUGCGCACCGUGAUACAGCAGAACUACGGGCGGGGCCUGUCCUGGUACUCGCUGACGCGCGUCGACGAAGACGAUGACCAGACCUACGCCGUGCUGGAGCUGACGGGCAUCGCGCACCCGUGCCGCGUGGCGGAGAUCGGGACGGCGAUGCCUCAGGAUGGCAUCUACGGCCGCGUCUGGCGCGUGGCCCAGGACACGGAGGUGAAUGAGGAUGGAGCGCACCGCAUCGCCUUGACGGAGGCCGAGGGUCUCAACUUGGACCUCUUCGCGAGGCGCGCGAAGAGAGCCUUAGCUGGCGGCGCUCGACUAAUCGUCGUGACGGAGGCGCUCGCUAGAAGAGCGACAGCUCAAGGUUUGACGUUUGACGUGCCAGUAAUAGCCCUACCGGAAACCGACGAGCAAUUUCUGAGGGACGAGAUGCCGCAGUGGUCGCUGGCACGGGCCGACGACCGGGCCACGUUGAAUGAACGUGUACGUGCUUUCAGGGCGCUGGGCGCAUCACAAAAAGCACAAUCGCUCGUCGCGCGCGAGGCCCUCGCGGCCGCCCACCGCGGCCACGACUUCCUCCUGCAAAAAUUUGUGAAUAGUGGCGUGGACGUCCUUGGUGUGAAGGACGACCGGGGCCGCACGGCGCUGAUGCUCGCGGCGACCUACGGAAGGGACAACGUCGCCGACGCGCUGCGAAGUUUAAGUGGAGCGAGGAUGAGCACCAUCGUGAACGAGCGGGACGUGCGCGGGCGGACGGCCGUGAUGCAUGCUGUACUAAGGAACCAGGUCCACAUGCUGAAGACUUUAUUAGAGGACUGGGGCGCCUCGGCGCGCACCGCGGACGCCGCGGGGAGUAGACCGCUCAAAGUCGCGGUGGCCCACGGGCGGGAAGCGGCUUCUAUUCUGUUACUCGAGCACGGCGCGUGGUUGCGCACCGACGAGACGGAAGCAUGGGCCCGCGACGUGUAUCGGUUGGCGGUCGAGAAGGGCCUGACACGAGUCGUCGAGGCGUUGUACGAGGCGCGAGCUCGAGUGCUGAAGACGAGGCGGCGGGACGCCUUAGAUAUGGACCUCGGGGAUGCCGACCGGUCGCCGUUAUUGCACGCCAUUCGGAAGCGCAAGAAGGAAGUUGUGGAAGUCCUGUUGAGACCGUACGAGGACGCCCGCGGCGCGUCCUUCCACCUCUGCGACCUCUCGGCGACGAACGGCCAGGGACGGACGGCGUUGCACGAAGCGUCUAUUCUCGGAGACGCCGCGCUCGUGAAGAGGUUAACCCUGCACACGCAGGGCUGGCCGGCGGCGUGGUACGGGGGAGAGACGCGGGUCAAGAUCAAUGCGCGAGAUCUUGAGGGAAGGACGGCGUUGAUGCACGCCGCCGCGUUAGGUUAUGUGAAGGUCGUCGAAGCUUUGUGCGACCCUUUGCAUAGGAAAAGCUUGUGUGAAGACAUCGACGCGAACGUCAAGGAUACCGACAAGCAAAGGACCGCGCUGCAUCUGGCCGCCCUCUGCCACAUAGAACAAGUCGAGACCAUCACCGCGCUUUGUGUGCACGGCGCCGCGGAAGUCGGGGUGAGUGAUAAGCGGGGCCACACGCCGCUGCAUCUAGCGGCCGAUAGGAAGCACGCCGCGAUCUGCCGGAAGCUCCUCGAGUACAACGCCGACGUGAACGCGAGGAACGAGGAUGGAAAUACACCUUUACUCGCGGCGGCUCGGGCCGGCGCGACCGGUGCUCUUACUGUUUUAUUAUCCCAUGGGGCCCACGUCAAUGCCCCAAACGAGUGGCUGGACACGCCCUUACAUGUUGCGUUGCUGAGGUACCACACGGUGGAUCGCGGUCUGUCCAUCGACGAGCGGAGCAUCGCGCGAUUGGACGAGAACCCGCGCGUCGAUUCGAAGCGGGCGAACUCGCCUCGAGUUAAUAGGAGAAGACAGAAGGAGCGCUACGUGUUCGAGGGCGUCGUGGAACAGCUCCUGAAGCACGGCGCGGAUUUGAAUCUGAGGAAUAAGGCCGGACUCCAAGCCUUCUCGGAGCCGCUCCAGAAGCACUGCUUCAACUUUAACCGGAGGCGGUUGGAUCGCGUCCACGCGGACCAGUCCAGAAGGCAGAUCGACCAGCCCGUGGAACUGGUCACGAGGACGGGGAGCUGGAUCCGAAGUUUAAGUGAUUCCAUCGGCACGUCGAGCCGCUCGUUGAACGACGAAGAGUCGCAGAGGCCACCGCUCGUCAAGCGGCCCUUCUCGUUUGGCAGUCGCCUGACCAUCCGCGAGUCGGAUGACGACGACGACGGUCUCCGGCAUCUGGAAGGCGACGCCUUAUACGACUUAUUGUUCGGCGACGCGCGCAUCCAAAAGGCGGUGGGCACGGUGUGGUCGCGACGGUGCUUCGCGGGUUCCGUAGCAACGUUACUCUUGUAUUUGGUUUUUGUGGGCUGUUUGACGGCCCUGGGCACGGCGUGCAUCGAAGGCGGCGCGCGGCGGGGCGCGACCUCGGCCUUCGCCACCGGGCUUGCGAAGGCCUUCGACGGCGAAUCGGUCGCGGCGCGCAAGUCGAAUGGCUUGAGCUUUGACGACGUACGGUCCGCGGACGACGUCUAUUCGUUUCUGCGGACGACGUUCCACGAAGCGCUGGCGGAGGAGGCGCCGGUGCGCUGGGACGGCUCCACGAAAGUACCCUUGAACGACAGGGCGGUGCUGCCCGGGUUCGGCGUGGUCCUCGGGCGGGCGCGCCUGACGCAGUGGCGCAGCCGAUCCAGCACGUGUGACGUGCCGGAUCGCUUAGAUGAUGUGGUGGGCUUUUGUUUCCGGCCGGGGGCCGACGCGAAGCCGUGGUGGCGGGGGUCGAAGUCCAUGCUCUCCGAGACGGCCUACGGUCUCCAGGAGGAGGGCUUCUUGUGGCGAUCGGGCAAAAAGUUAGAUAGGAGGGGCAUCUCGCGGCGUUUAUCAAGGGAGAGCUACCCCGCGGGCGGUUUUGCGGUGGACCUGUCGUCCGUCAACGCGACGGCGCGGCGUUUGAUGAUUGACCGCCUCCAAACCUCACAGUGGAUCGACGCCGCGACGCGAGCCGUAGACAUUCGCCUGACUGUAUAUAAUGCGAACGCCAAUUUAUUUUGCAGGGUCGAUUUUGUCAUAGAGUUCCCCGCGGAGGGCGGCGGCGGCGUCGCCUACGUCGAGACGCGGGCGGCGCGCGCGUGGCCCUAUUUGAAAGGAGGCGGCGGCGGCGGCGUGGCGGACAACGAGGACGAGGACGGGUCGCAGCACACCGUGCUCGGCCUGGAAAUCGCCUGCGCUUUACUGGUACUCUUCUUCAUCGGCCAGGAAAUCAUGCAGUUCCGCAAGGAACGGACGACCUAUUUAUCGAACCCGGCGAACCUAUUGGAUUGGACGCUGUUCGCGCUGAGCGUGGCCUACUUCGCGAUCCGCAUGAAGCAAACCGACGGGAGCAUUGGGUUGCACGACGAGGACGGCUGGGUCGCCGCCGACGAGCAGUUCAAAUGGGCCGACCGGCACAUCCAGGUGCUGGCGGCGGCGUCGUUCGUCGCCUGGGCGCGCCUGCUCCAGCAUUUGAGGGUGUGGCGGCGCGCCGCGAUCCUGAUGCUGGAUAUCAUUUUUAUGGUGCGAUCGUUAGCGGUCUGGGUCGUCUUCUUUUUAUUAGCUUGUAUGGCCUUCGCGUCCGCCGAAUACAUCUUAUAUGCGUGGUCCGACGACCACUACGGGUCGCUGGCGACGUCCCUAGGGAUGAAAUUUGGAAGUCCGUUCGGCGAAGUGACGUACUGGGACAUCCUCUCGAAGCGCACCGCCGGGGCGGCUACGAGAGCCGCGUUGACCGUGGCCUAUCUGUUGACCGUAGGAUUGCUCCUGAUGACGUUGUUGAUCGCCAUGCUGUCCGAAAAGAUCGUCAAAGCCCACAACCGGUCCUCAAAGUUCUGGUGCUUCGUGCAGCACGGCAUGGUGACCCACCACCGCGACAAUCUGGUAUCGAAAGUGUCGAACUACUUCUUCGAUUGUUUUCAGAGAUCGAAGGACGACUUCGUGGGGAACCUGUCCAAGCUCCAACACCGCGUGGAGCACAAGUUCGACGUGGAUGCGGACCAGGUGUGGGGGAGUAGGAGCCAUGCGCCCGUCGUGCAGGAUCUGGACGACGAUCUGCUCGAUCAAGACGAUAUUGAGGGGUUGCUCAAGAAGGGCGACAUCCGCGGCGCCGCCCUCACAGCAUGUGGCCACGUCGUCGAGGACGAGGACCGGGAGUACCACAGCACGCCGUACCUCGCGCGGCGGUGUAGCGCCUUGUAUCCGGAGGUCGCCUUUUUCGUGGAUCAGACGCUGACAGAUGGGACGUCGGCGAACGUCGAGUACAAGAACCGUAUGCAAUCGAUCGAAGUCGUCGUGCGCAUCCUGUCCAAUGAGAAAGAGGUCGAGAAGCUCUCGCGGGAAGACGUGACGUUUCUCAAGCACGAGCUCUUCGGUCCCGUGCUCGGGAGUACGGCGGGCGUCGCCGCGGCACCGGACGAGGCCCGGACGAGCUACCUCGAGGCCCGAGCGGCCAAUUUGGACGCGCUUUUGGUUGCAUUGGCUUGUUUUGGGCGGUGUGGAAUCUACACGCCAUCGAGCAGAUGCAGCUACGGGGACGACUGCGUCCGACAUUUGAUUUCCACACAGGUUCGGGCGUGGGCAAAGUCUCGGCCUUCGCAGAGGAUGUCUCCCGCGAAACUAGAUUGGAAUCUGUAGACCAUGACCGCACGUUGAGAAACGCCAUGGCCGCGUGUCCUGAAUUGCUACCGUCCUACCGGCGCUUGGCGCCGCAUCUGCAGGAUCGGGUGCGACGGGUCAUCGGCGCUAAUUUCAACCUUAUGCAGUUCGCCCAGGGCGAAUCGUUGCCCGCGUCCUUGCUUUCAUUACGAAGAUUAGCGAGGGAUCGCGACGGGCCCCGGUUGUGUCGCUUCGCGUUGUUGCUCUGGAUCCUGCGGGUUCCUGCCUUCUGGCGCGUGCCCGGCCUGCUGAAAAAUAUGCGGGGCGCCAUCGAGGCGCUGCUGCGCUUGGAAGACGGCACGGUGGGCGCGGCGCGCGUCUACGACGAGUUCCUUAGUAUCAGGGCGUCUUUACUAAACUUCGCCUUCGACGCUCAAAAUCGGAGCGAGCGGCACCUGGUGCGCCUGGCCCUGAUGCUGCGCCUGACGACGCCGGGCGAAGCGGUCGUCCUGAAGGGCGCGUUCGGCCUCCUGGACCUCGACGUCCAGGCGGUAUUGAUGGGCGAGCUCAACGCGACGGGCGUCGACGACGGGUGGGGGAUCCUCAUCUACUAUGCGCCGGACUUGUUGCGGAACGUGCGGGCGUUAGCGGGCUCGAACCAGAGGGAGGGCCUCGUCGCCGGGCUCUCGUUGCUGGCGCGGGUCUACGUCGCGGCGCGGCAGACGUUAGAUCGGCACCCGGGCGUCGGCGUGUACACGUGCAAGGUACACUCGCUGGCGCUGCGAGCCAAGGCGCCGGGCAUGACACUAGAAAUAUUCGAGGCGGAGUCGUCCUUCGUGCUCGAGCACUUCGGCGACGAGGGCGAGGUCUGGGUAACGAGCACGGCGCCGCCGGAGGAGCCGCGGUCGCCGUCUCCGCGCCCGCGGUCGCCGACGCAUCUUCUGUGA